AUGGUUGAGAGUACCAGAGCAAUGAAUCUCGGUCAAGCUGAGUGUUCAGACAGAGGCAGCGCGUUAAAGUUUACAAGCGUAACACCUGUGGGACUACCAGAGACAGCCUUUUUAAUAAUCCUGUCCCGCGUAAAUGUUGAAUGUAAGUAA